AUGCGGCUGUGUUCCAUUCUCUGUGGAGUCUUUUAUUUGACAGCUGUGAUCCAAUCAGGACCAGUCAAACAAGACUCUGGCGUGAGAUCUGCCAUCGCUGGGGAAAAUGUUCAGCUCCGCUGCUUCUACAGCAGCCAGUCAGCGAUGCACUUCUCCUGGUACCGCCAAAAAUUAGGAAAACGACCGGAGCUCCUGUCUACCAUUUACAAAUAUGACGAUCCGUCCAAAGUCUUCCACUGGUUGGAGAAGAACCCCCGUAUCUCUGUGGAAAGAAGUGAAGGAAUUAAUCAUUUGCACAUUUCCGACGUCCAGCUCUCAGAUUCGGCAACAUACUACUGUGCAAGCUCCUACUCCAACUCGGUGGAGUUUGGGGAAGGGGUGUUUCUGAAUGUUGAAGGAACAAAUCAUGUGGAACUAGUCCAAGAGCCAAACUCUGAGACCCUCCAGCCUGGCAGCUCAGUGACCUUCAACUGUACAGUGGACACUGAGGCCUGUGAAGGAGGACACACUGUCCUCUGGUACCGGCAUGGAGCUUACCAAGCAGUUCUCCGUACACACACGAGUCAAUGUGAAAUAACCUCUGCUCACCAAAAGUCCUCACAGACCUGUGUGUACCAUUUACAGAAGAACAACCUGAGCUCAUCUGAUGCAGGAACUUAUUACUGUGUCGUCGCCUCCUGUGGGAAGAUGCUGUUUGGUUCUGGGAGCGAGCUGCUCGUCAGACGCCACGCUGAAGAACGGCUGUCCCAGACAGGAACCUUCUUCUGGCUCUCAGUGUUCAGAUGUGGGAUUCUGUUGCUCUUUGUCAUGAUUUGUGUUUGCAUUUACAUCAGAAAGAGCCAGUAAGUCCAGUGUGGCAUGUUGGGUUAUGUAGUUUUUACAUAGCAGACACA